CGGGUGUGUUCAUGGGGUGCAGAUGAUAGGAAACAGGCCCGUUCUUGAAACAUAAAAAGAAUUAUGUUUGGUAUCCGAAAAACAAGCUUUUUGUAUAUAUAUUUACUUUGACAAAGUCACGGAGUGGGCUUUGACUCAAUCCGGCUCCACCAUCUUUAGACAAGCACUCUCUAGCUUGGAAACUGACCCUGGACUCCACCCAUUAGUUCCCUUUUUCACUUCUUUCAUUGCUGAAGAGAUUGUGAGGAACAUGGAUAAUCACCAAAUUUUGUUGGCUUUGAUGCGUAUUGCUAGAAGCCUCCUUCAUAACCCUCAUGUACAUAUUGAACCAUAUCUGCAUCAAUUGAUGCCGUCUUUUAUCACUUGCCUCACUGCCAAACGCUUAGGAAGAAGGUUAUCUGAUAGUCACUGGGAUUUGAGAAACUUCACUGCCAGUACAGUUGCUUCAACCUGCAGAAGGUUUGGACAUGUUUAUCACAACUUGUUGCCACGUGUUACAAGAUCACUGCUUCAUACCUUUUUGGACCCAACCAAGGCACUGCCACAACAUUAUGGGGCAAUUCAAGGGAUGGUAGCCCUUGGGCUUAAUAUGGUUCGUUUUCUUGUUCUCCCAAAUCUAGGGCCGUAUCUGCUGCUUCUUUUACCUGAAUUGGUACCUGAGAAGCAGAAGGAAGAAGCGAAGAGGCACGGGGCUUGGCUCGUUUAUGGAGCGUUGAUGGUCGCAGCGGGUCGAUGCCUAUAUGAACGGCUUAAAACAUCUGAGGCUCUGCUGUCUCCUCCAACUAGCUCUGUCUGGAAGACAAAUGGAAAGGUCACCAAUGCCCGGCAAAGUAAACGCAAAGCAAGUACUGACAACUUAACUCAUCAACCACCACUGAAGAAGAUAGCAGUAGGCGGAAUUAUGCAAAUGAGCUCCACACAGAUGCAGAUGAACGGAGGCACAACAAUCCCACAACAGCCGCUAGUUGGAAGGGACAUUGCUCGGAGGACUUCAGCUACUAUGGACACUACCGUUGACAACUAUCUCCAUCCUCUUUUUGAGUAUUUUGGUGAGAGCAUGCUUAUGUUCACCCCCAAACAUGAACUCAGUUUCUUCUUGUAACAAUUUAUUCACAUGCAAGUGUUUUGUACCACAAAUAAUUCAUAUAUAAUAAUUGGAAAUAUUUUGGAGAGGUAGAAUCAA